AUGGCCCGUUUCGCCCCCGAUUACUACAAGGCCAUUGAGCCCAUGAUCAAGGCCGCCGAGAGCCAGCCACCCGCACCCCCAAAGAACGUCUGUGAGCUCACCGCCACCCUCGACGCUCUCAUGGCAGUCUUAUACAAGGAUCCGCCUGCACCCGCCCACAUCGUGCAGUCCAAGCACCAGAUCCCCGUCCCCGGCGGCAGGACCGUCACCGUCACCCGCUACGCCACCGCCGAGCAGCGGGCUGCCAAGGACCAGCCCGCCGUCAUCUAUCUGCACGCCGGCGGCAUGGUCUGCGCCUCGGUCGACCUGCUCGGCAACGUCAUUGCCAACGAGUCGGCCUACGUCGGCGCCCAGUACUGGGCCGUCAACUACACCAAGUCGCCCGCGGUUGCGGCCCCCGUCGCCCUCGAGGAGGCCUAUGCCGUGCUGACGCACCUCUCGGCCCACGCCGCCCAGCUCGGCAUCGACAACAAGCGCAUUGCCGUCGGCGGCGCCUCGGCGGGCGGCGGCAUGGCCGCCGGCCUUGGCCUGAUGGCCCGCGACCGCGGCGUCCGCCCGCCCAUUGCCAAGCUGGUGCUGGUCUACCCCAUGCUCGACGACCGCACCGUCCAGGCGCACCCGCCCACGGGCGCCCGCCACGCCGGCGCCAACCGCAGCGACGACGACUGGCCCGUCCGCCCGUUCCUGACCUGGAGCUGCGACAACAACGCCCUCGCCUGGAACGCCUACCUGGGCCUCGGCCACCCGGCCACCGACGACCCGCUGACCGCCGCCGCCAACCUGGCCAAGGCCGCGGCCACGGCGCCCAUCCUCCCCGGCGCGGCGGCCCACUACGCCAUCCCCGCGCGCGCGGCGUCGCUGGCCGGCCUGCCGCCGACGUACAUGGACUGCGGCGGCCUGGACCUGUUUUUGGAGGAGUGUGCGCAGUUUGCCGCGCGGCUGGCGCACGACGGCGUCGAGCUUGACUUCCACAUCUUCCACGGCGUGCCGCACGGUUUCGAGUCGGCGCAGGCGACCAAUGCCGCGCGGACCGCCCUGGAACAGCGCAAGCUCGCCUACAACAGCUUCUAA